AUGCAAGCUACGAAGAAUCUAAAUCCUACGCACACUUUCGAAGCUUCGUAAUGUUGCUCCCUUCGAACCACCUUCCAGGAAAUCCACGCCACGAGGAAACAGCUCCACAAGAGCUGAUGCUUCUGAUCCCCCUCGAGUUGAAAUACAAAGAGAUAGUGUUUUCAAAACAGCAUUGGCUGGAGGGAUUUCAUGUUCAUUCUCUACGCUUUUAAUGCAUCCCAUCGACACGGUUAAGACGCAAGUUCAAGCUUCUUCUGCACUAUCCUUCAUAGAGAUCAUGUCGAAGCUCCCUCAGCUUGGAUUCCGCGGAUUAUACUUGGGAUCCAUCCCAGCUAUAGUAGGCCAAUUUUUGAGGUCCGCCAAUGGUAGUAACAAGGCAGCUGCUUUCCUAUCGUGCUCAUUCAGCUUGGACUCGAAACAAGCCAUCAUAGCCAACAGUUGUUCCAUAGGUACUGCUGAUGGAUUGAGAUUCUGCAUGUCCGACAACAGCGGUGGUUCUGUACCGUGGAACGAUUAAUGUGCCGUUGUUAGAAUGACCAGCAACUCCAUGCGACCAACAACAAGGUGCGACGAUGCCAUCGUGUUCCAAUGAUAAGCACCAGUUGAUAAAGGUUUCCCCUAAUCAAGAUGAAUGGAAGAAGAAAUUAGUCGCGAGGAAGCGUAUGCCUCGACUAUCAAUCAGCAAAGAUUAGGGUUUGCAACGAUAAAAAGAAAUAAUUAAAGGCAAAUACGAGGUCUAUCCAUAUUAACUACUCCCUCCGUCCCAUAAAAGUUGAGACAAAACUUUUGGGCACGGAGAUUAAGAAUUUAUAUUAAA